GCAAGUACUUUCUGUAGCAGACCGCAGUCGACUGUCAAAAUAAUCGGAAAUUGCUGAUGCCAAAGCAUCUUCGGUAGCAGCUGACGUGUAGAGGAGACAAGUGGUCAUGCCUGGCAUCGAAAAAUUACACCUGGAGGAUGCACUGGAAGACAGCCCUCAGACCAGACAUUUGCUGUCUGUGUUUGAAAAGGAUGCUGUGGCUCUGAAGAAAUACAGUACAGGGCUUCAUGGCUGUUGUCAGAGAAUCAUGAAAGCUCAGAAUGAGCUGUGUGCUGCCACACAAUCUUUGGCCCAGCAUCUCAGAGACUAUGAAAUACAGAAAUUUGCUUUAGAAACAGAGGACAGUAUCUUAACAUCUACACUGAAACAAUAUGCCAGCUAUCUAGAUGAUGUGAGCUCCAUCCAGCAGGUGUUAUCAGCCCAGCUGUCUGAGACCAUGAUGUAUCCAUGUACCAAGUUCCUUCAGGCCGACCUGGAAGAGGUGACCACCCUAUAUGAGAUGUUUAACAUUGCAUCGAGUGAACAUACGAGUGCCCAAAGUAGAUACAUGAAAUUACCCAAGAGGAGAGAGGAUGAGAGAUCUAAGAAUGAGGCCAACCAAGAAUUGUAUUUGACGAGGAAGAAAUUUCAUCAGACAUCUUUACACUACUUCUCCUGCCUAAAUGCCCUACAGUACAAAAGGAAGUUCUGCCUGCUAGAGCCUGUCAUGGGCUACCUCCAUUCUCAAAGGGCUUUCUUUAGGAUGGGGCAGGAUGCAGUGGGAAAGACAGACAUUGAAGAUUUCCUCAACAACAUCGCCACCAGUGUGCAAGGGGUACAGCAUGAAUUGCAACAAGAGACCAGGAAGACAGUAGAUUUGAUUGACAACCUUGAACAGCAGAGUGCCCAUCUGUACCAUGGUCAGCCUCCCGUAGACAUGCCUUACAUACCGCCCAACACUUCACUCACACAGAAGGCUGGCUAUCUGUACAUCCGCAGGAGCAAGAUGUUCCCUAUUGGUAAGCAGCUGCUGGCGACAAAAUGGGAAAAAUGUUUCUUCUUCACCCAGGCUGGCAACCUGAUGUGUCAGGCGAAGGAUGAGUUGGCAGGUAGUCUGGUGUUAGAUCUGAACGAGCCUGGUGUGAUGGCAGAACCAUGUGAAGCAGACGACAGGAGAUUUGUGUUUGCUGUAGUGUCACAAAAAAAGAAAUCCGUAGUGGUGCAGGCCGAGAAUGACCGAGAGAAAGAUGAGUGGAUUUGUACGAUCAACAACAUAGUGAGAGAGAGUGGCUAUGAAAAAGGAGGAAAAACUCUCACCCAUCAGUCAUCACAGCAAAGCAAAAAGGAGAGGGCUGGCAGCAGCAGUAGCAUGACCAAACAAGGUUCUGGCUCAGUGUCUGGCUCCAGUAGUCCCGACGGCCAAAGUGUCAGCAGUAUUGCCAGUAACAACAACAACAACGCCACAUCCCCGACGACAACCUCUGGCCCUGCCCCCUCCCCGGGCGAUGCUUUCCUCCCAGAUGCACCCAUACAGUUUGACAUUAUCACACCCACGGAUGAAAACGGCACCGUGACAACCAACCUGGCUGGCCCCCCAAAAAGGAUCAACCCAUUUGACCAGUCUGCCACUGAUGUACUGGAUACGCUGGAUGCUGCCAUUGAAAAUGCAUCAUUUGUGGAGAGUUUUGUCGUGCGAUUCCUUGGGUCAAUGGAGGUGAAGAGUGACCGAGGAGAAUCCUUGGUGCAUGAGACAAUGAGACAGAUCAUGGCUGCUCGUGCCAUACACAAUGUGUUCAGGAUGACAGAAUCUAGACUCGUGGUGUCUAGUGAAUGUAUGAGAUUGGUAGAUCCAGGGACGAAUAACAUUAGAACACAAUUUAACCUGGGAGAUAUAUCCUUUUGGUCAGCUCAUCAUGAAAACAACAGACUGUUCGGGUUUAUAACGAGAACCAAGGCCCAAGGAGCUGCAAUCUCAACAUUCGCCUGUCAUGUGUUUGAGUGUAAUGUAUCUGCUGAGGAGAUAUGCCAGGCGAUAGGUACAGCCACAAAACUUGCCUUCCAGGCCAUUAUGGAAAGGAAAAAACAGACAAAACAACAGCAAGCUAAGAAAAAGGAGCAUGCUCUGCUACUGGCCAAUAUAGGGCAGAUAGAGGAUGCUCCCGAAGAGGAACAGGGACGGAGUCCCCUACCACUGUCUUCUGACGGAAAAUAUCUAGUUCUUACCACAACAGACGAAUCCGACCUCUACCCAGAGCCACAGGAUAUGGAGGAGAGUAUGGCAAAGAUGAGCGUGAGUUCUGACCCUCUUGAGGAGAUGGACAGCGAAUCAGAGGCAUAGGAAGAUAAUAACCGAGUAAAGAAGACUAUCAGUAUUGGUUGUAAAACUUGUGAUAGACUGUGUUGUGCUAAUCUAAUUAGAUAUUUCUAUGCCAUAUUUUGUGCUAACAUUAUAAUUAUGUGACUAUUUUUGUGCUAAUUUAAUUAGUCCUUACACACAAACUUGUAUGUUUUUGCCAAUUUUAGAUGUCGUUUUUCCUCACUUGUGGAAUAGUAUAGUACUCUCGAUGUUAGGACUGCUGGGCUGAUAGAGUAAUAAAUUCCCACUUGUGGAAUAGUAUAGUACUCUGGAUGUUAGGACCGCUGGGCUGAUAGAGUAAUAAAUUCCCACUUGUGGAAUAGUAUAGUACUCUGGAUGUUAGGACUGCUGGGCUGAUAGAGUAAUUAUUUCUAAUCCUUGUAGAAGUGAUGUUCUACUCUGCUGAGGACAUAUCUAGACAUUCCUAUUAUUUAUUUUAUUUUUGUUUUCCUUGCCUGUUCUUCCGGUUCAGAGAAGCAAUAUGAUUAGACAGUUGCUGGCCCUGCUUAGAGCUGUCCCUGUUAAGUUUACUACAGAUACUCUUGCUUGCAUUUGGUUGAUUGCUAGGUUGUAGUUUUGAUUCAGAUUUAAGGAAUAUUAUUUUGUUGACUGAUGUUCAUUUACAGUAUGGUAACUCUGUGACAGGCACUGUAAGAGUGAGAAACAACGUUAUGGGGUAGGGCUGUUUAUAUUUCUGCAAGGUUCUUCAUUAUGUUUUAAUUCAAUGAGCUUAUCCACUUUGUAAAAGUUAACACUAUUGACCUAUUCUCUCUCUUACUGGUGUCUUUAACAUAUUGGAUUCACAGAGUUCCUAUAUAUUCUGUACAGUAUAUUUGAAUGUGACCUUGAUGUGAAUUUGCUAUUGACCUUGACCUAUAAUCUAUACAGCAUAUUUGGCUGUGACCUUGACCUUGGUGGUAAUUAACUCUUAAAUUAACCUUGACCUAUCAGGAUACUGAUGUAUAUGUCUUGUAACUAUUAAAGUGUAAGUGCUGAAUCUAUUCUAAACAUAUUUGGUUUUCAGUUGCUGUGUGACCAGGGGGUAAUUUGGGUUCAUUGAAGGAUAUGUUUGACUUUGAACUUUGAUGUUUAAUGACCUUUAUAUUGUUAUGAGACUAUGAAUUUAUUCACUAGUUUGGAUGAUUGCCUCUUUAUGACUCUACAACAUGUCAUGUAGAGCCAAACAGUAUGGCUGUGUAUUAUUGUGUGACAUGGAUUUUAUAUUGAAUUUAUUUGUAGUAUAGAUCACUUUGGCAUUUCUGACCUUAACCUUUGCCUGUUGUUGUUUGACCUCAGUUUUGUAUUUUCUCUUCAUCAACAACUGUACUUUUCUCACUGCUGUCAUAGAAUAAUGCAAAACAAAUCUGAACAGAUAAAUGCUCUUUGAUAUUAUGAUAAUGGGUGGUGCCCUAAAUAGAAAACCUGAACCCAUAGCUUUAUCAUUGAUUGAGCUAUCCUCACCUAGGAAACAAACCUGGCUCCAUUUACAUGACAUAGCCUGUGUCUUUCCUGGGAAAAUUUAAGUUCCUCUUCCUUUGAUUCUGAUCUUGGACCAUACCUGACUCCAGUUACUAAAUAGGUCCUUGGUCUACUUAAAGAUUUGUCUUGAGUUGAAGCAAUGCUUUCCCUAUUUAAAGGCUAAAUGUGUAACAGCAAUGUGUAACAGCAAUGUGUAACAGCAAUCAUAAAGAUGUCCAUCAAACUGGCCAUAUCUAAUACAACAUUAAUGGCCCUCCUUUAUACUUCAUGGUUUACAGAGUUUAAAGUCUUACCAUUAAAACAUGUUUGUAAGUGUAAGAACCUAUAACCUUGUGUCCUAAAUAUUGUUUAAUAUCCUAGAAAUGAUAUCCUGUAUUCUCUAUAGUAUCCAAAAUGCUAGACUCUGUAAAGCGUUGUAGCUGUACAGUGUAAAUUUGGUAGCUUCUUUGUUCUAGCAUGCUAUACACUGUAACUCUACAUACUCUUCUUCCUGUAAAAAUGACUAUAUAGGUGUUUCACUUUUAUUUGUGAUCCAGGGUGUAGGACUAUAUCAGUUUUGUAUUGGAGACUCAGAUCUGCAGAAAUCAAAUUAUACUCAUUGCGGCCGUUUCUGUGUUACCUCUACCACAAGUAUAUUUACCACGUUAAGGAAGAUUAGAGUUUGUUUUUUUAUUCUCAAAUCUUCAAUUCUCUAUUUUGACCUAUAAAAUUAAUCCCAUUAUUACUAGGACAUUUGGCAACACUCCUCUGAACACUUAACAUUAAGUGGACUUUGAUUCAGCACUUUCCAUCCUAAAUUUGAAAGUGCAAAAUAAUAAUAUCCCCAAUACUUGUAUAUGAAAUCAAUAUAUUCAGAUAUAAAAAAACUGUCGAGUUUAAUUUACGAUUUAACACAUGUACUGAAGUAUUUUUUAGUGGUGUAUAGAAAUUCUUGCAUGUUCAUCAAAGUUUAUCAAGAGCAUAUAUUGGCCAUUAAACAUGAACAGAAAUAGGAUCUAUUUUGAUAAUCGGUGACAAAAACAUGGAGUGUUGUUAAAAAUAAUCACUGAUUAUUGUACUAUUUUCACCUUGAUUUGUUUUGCUCAAAAUCUUAAUUUAUUGAAGUCAGAUGCUGAAGAUGUAAACAUUGUACAUAUUUUUUUCCUAAUUAUCAAUACUAGUAUGCCAUUAUGAUAAAUAUGGAAUUCUUCAAUAACAUUGAAUGAAAAUGUUGGAAAAUGUUUUUGUAUUAAAAAAGGGACAAUUGAAAAUCUUCCCAUUACAUAUGUAGAAAGGUUGAGCACUAAAUAUAUUCAAGCUUUACAAGCAUAUCACUGUGUUCGUCAUAGUUUGAUAUCCCCAACAGAGAAAAGUAUGCUACUGAUCUAUGCAGGUGAUGUUGGAGUUGUCUGCCCCUGAAAGAUACAAAGUAGUUACUCCACAUGUCUAUUUAAACUUUUGAAUUGACAUCAAAGGCACAUAUCAUCUUUGCACUUUGUCUUUCCUCCAAUAAUAACAAUGAAUUUGUCAGUUUAAUUAACAGAUUCCAGAUGGCUUCCCUGUUUAGUUGACGAAAUAAUUCAAAACUGAAU